AUGACAGCAAUGCUGAGCCCAAAGAUCAGACAGACCAGGAGAGCCAGGUCCAAGAGCAUGGUGAUGGGCGAGGUGUCGCGGGGCUCAUGCCGGCCGGCCUCCCCCAGCCUCCAGGAGGGGGCUCUGAAGGCUGGCUGGCUGAAGAAGCAGCGCAGCAUCAUGAAGAACUGGCAGCUGCGAUGGUUUGUGCUGCGCUCAGAUCAGCUCUACUUCUACAAAGACGAGGAAGAAACCAAACCACAGGGCUGCAUACCUCUGCAGGGAUGCCAGGUGAAUGAACUCACAGCUAACCCAGAUGAACCAGGAAGACAUCUAUUUGAGAUUGUACCAGGUGGAACAGGAGAGAAGGACCGGGCACCAAUCAGCCAUGAAUCCUUCCUGCUCAUGGCAAACUCCCAGACAGACAUGGAUGACUGGGUCAAGGCCAUACGGCGGGUCAUCUGGGCGCCGUUUGGAGGAGGGAUAUUUGGCCAGCGUCUAGAGGACACGGUGCAGUAUGAGAAGAAGUUCGGCCCCCGGCUGGCACCCCUGCUGGUGGAACAGUGUGUGGACUUCAUCAGGGAGAGGGGUCUGGAUGAGGAGGGUCUCUUUAGGAUGCCAGGACAGGCCAACCUGGUCAAAGAGCUGCAGGAGGCUUUUGACUGUGGUGACAAGCCUCUGUUUGACAGUAACACAGACGUCCACACGGUCGCAUCCUUGCUGAAGUUGUACCUGCGAGAGCUGCCUGAACCAGUCAUUCCCUUCUCCAAAUAUGAAGACUUUCUAACCUGUGCACAGCUUUUGGCCAAAGAUGAGGAGGAAGGGGUCCAGGAGCUUGGAAAACAAGUUAGAACUCUACCUCUACCUAACUACAAUCUCCUCAAGUACAUAUGCAAAUUCCUUGAUGAGGUCCAGUCCCACUGUAAUGAGAACAAGAUGAGCGUGCAGAACCUUGCCACAGUAUUUGGACCAAACAUCCUUCGACCCAAGAUGGAGGACCCAGUCACUAUCAUGGAAGGCACCUCACUGGUCCAGCACCUGAUGACAGUCCUCAUUAGGGAACACAACCGUUUGUACUCAGGGAGGGACCAGGAGGGACCCACCAUACCCCAAGAUGAACUCCCUGUCCAGGGGCAUCAGCUUCAACAUCGUAGCCUGGGAGCCUGGAUCUCUGAGGAGGACCUUCAGAGCUGCCCGGUCUCUAACCCCGACCAAGAGCUCCACAGCAGUGCCUCGUCUUUGGAUGCCAAACUGUGUGCAGCCGUCACACCCACCCAGACCCCGACCCCAAACCCUGGAUCAAAAAUGGGAUCUCCAUCAGGGAAGGGAGAGACGGUGGUCAGCCCGAGUAAACAAGCCAAGACCAUGCCUUCCUGGAAGUACUCAUUCAAAAGCUCCUCAGCACCGCGUUCUCAACCCCAAGCUAAGCAAAGCGGCAGCGGUGGCUCCGUGGCAGAUACAACUAGUGUAUCUUCUGGUGGGGGAGGUGGUGGAGGUGGAAGUGGUGGUGGAGGUAACUGGCUGAUGAAUGGUUUGUCCUCCUUGAGGGGACACCGGCGCACUUCUUCAGGCGAGCGAUCUGCCCGCGACCGCGACUCCACCGGCUCCUCACAGAGACUGUCCACCUACGACAACGUCACCUCCUCCUCCAGCAUGGGGAGUGUACCAAGUGUAUCCAGCACACCGUGGUCCACCUCCUCCUGCGAGAUCUCCGUUCCUGACUCCGGAAGUGAGCCUUCAGCGAACCAGAACUGUGGAGUCGUGGGGGAAAGUGGGGAAAAGGGGGAGUGGAUGGAGAGCCUCAGGGAGAGGGAUGGAGGGAUGAUGACAGACCCUAGCUCUGAGCAGGACAGUUGCGAGGCCAUGGAGCUGUGCAGCAGCAGUGCAGCCUGCAGUGAGAAUGGAAACAUGGCCAUGGCAGCUGGUGUGCCGUCUAUUAUCAUGUCUGAGGAUGGCGACGGGGUAAAUUUAACGCUGAGCAGUCUGGUGGAAGGACUGAAGGACGAGUUGAGAAAACAGAAGACUGCCUAUGAGACAAGGAUACAAAAACUGGAAGAGUCCAGUGCUGCUCUGUGUGCGCAGAUGGAGCGUUUGGAGCAAGAGAUGGAGCAGGAAAGGAAAAAGCAACGCAUGCUGGAGAUCAAACUACGAAACUCCGAGCGGGCAAGAGAGGAUGCAGAGAACCGCAACCGGCUCCUGGAGAAGGAGAUGGAGGAUUUCUUUUCCACACUGGGGGAUCUGGCCCUGGGAGCAAGGACUAGCGACAUUUGAUACGUCAAGGGCACUCAUCUGAAUGUAGCCAAAACUGUGGCUGUCAUCAGGGUUUAUAUUUCAGGGGUUGAGUGUCUUUUAACGUCCUCCUCUGUGCAGCAAAAGAAGAGAAAAAAACAAGAAAAUAAAGGAACCGGCCAUAUUUGUGUUCAUUCAGGACAAGAUCAAAGGAAACUGAAAUAUGGAGAUGAUAGAGGACAUUUUGAAGGAAGUAAAUAUCAAACUGGGACGGACUGUGUGGUCCUUGUCAGUAUUAUAUCCAUUAAGCACCGGGCGUUAUGACUUUCUUACGAAUGCGUGAAAUGGAACUUUAAGAAAGUACUCCUGUGAUAACACUCUUUGCAACAAGUCAACAAGGUGCGUCUUUUGAAGGCAGUAUUUUAACAGUUCGGAUGCCCGUAUGUGACUGGUGGAACGUAAUGAUAUUUCUGUGACAUUCUCUGUACUGGAGAGCACUGACUUCUUCAACCACUACUUUUCAAGGACACUCAGUGAAUAGAUUUCGUGCUGAAACUGUAAGACCUGUUAGAGGCGUUAAUGUUGAAUGCAGACAGCUGACUGAUAUUUAUCUCUAUCUGAUAUUUAUCUUCAAGGAAUAGUUAGACAUUUUGGGAAAUAUGCGUAUUCAAGUUUUAUGCCACGAGUUAGACGUCUGUACGUCAAACAUGAGGCAACAGCUAGCAGCCAGUUAGCCUAGCUUAAAACAAAGACAGAGACACGGGGAAAAAGAGCUAUCCUGGCUCUGUUCAAUGUUAAAAGAAUCUUCUUAGCAACACCUCUACAGCUAACUAAUUAGCAUGUUAUAUCCCAUUUGCUUAAAACUUACAAAAUCUACAACAUCAAAACUACAAGUUAUGGUCUUUAUGCUAACCUAAGAUAGCUGGCUCUAGCUUCAUAUUUAGCGUACAGACAUGUGAAUGGUAUCAAUCUUCUCAUCUGACAGUUGAACUGUUUCUUCAACUGUAUGGUGAGUUUUCCCAAAUUACAACAAACACAAAGUUUUUUUUCACUUGCCUGUAGUGGUAGCUAGCUAGCAAAUUGCUUUGCUGGAUUUGAGGAUACAAAAGAGUUCUGUAAAUUAUCCAGAGUAACAGGUUUAGUGUUUCUGAAAAAAGAUGAGGCUAAAUUGUAAUUUUUUUUAAAAUGGGAAUGUGUUUUUCUUUUUCUUUUUAAUGCUGUGAGCAUCAGAAAUUAAAAUUAAACCAAAGCUAUUAGCAUUGCUAGGCACUACUAAUUAGAGUUUCAAAAAAUAUGUUUUUUUGUAAUUUGGUUAACAACAGUGGUAGCUUUAGGAGAGGUUGUUCCACGUUUAUUUAUCCUCCCGUCCCGUAUUUGUACUACAGACACUUCUUGCUGUUUUACUAUAGAGUUCAAGUUGUAUAUCAUAACACAAAAGCAGGUUCAGAAAACGAAAUUUUCCAAAUAACUCCUUUUGGUAGCAGAGAAAAACCGAAGCAGUAAUAGCUGGGACCUUUACUAUAACUUCCUCUGCACUCCUCUUUGUCCUCAGGCCCUUCUAGUGCCUCUCUCUCGUCACCAUCUACAUGGUUUCUAUGUCCAUUUGAUGGCAAAGCCUCAGUCGUCGGUUCACUCUUAACCUCACAGAUGUCAAUAUACCUUUAAUGUACAGAUAAUACAACAGGGACAACGAAAACAGUUAUUCAAGCAUUUUCAACUAAGCGCAUGCUGCCUCGUACACAGGACAAUGUGGCUCAAUAGGUGAAGACCAUUUACGGUACACAGUAAAUACCAAAGCUGGACCGCCUCAGCUGUUCGCUCACUAAAGAUCAGAACGGCCUGCCUGGAAGCCAUGUUGAUUUUGGCACAUGAAGCUGAACACUGCCCUCAAAAAAACAAUGGAAUUUCCUGGUCGUGCCUUCAGGGAAGUGUUUUUAAAUAGAAAAAAUGUAGUGUUGCUUGCUUGUCCAGAGAUGUAGUGCAUAUAUUGGCCCAUAGUACGCACAGUGGCUGCAUUGUUGUUGGUUUUUGUUUUUGUUUUUUUAAUUUUUAAUAUGGCAACAAACUGCUGAAGAUGAAUAGCUUGAUCUCCCUAGAAGGUGCCAAUUCUUGUGAAAGUGAAUUGUGAAUUGAAUGGAAGAUUUGAAUUCAGAAUGUAUACUUGUAGUGAAUGUAAUGUGUUGUUGAUGAAACCAGCCCAGUGGGAAAAAAAUGGAAAUGAUUAACAGAGUGGAAAAAAUUAGAAAAAAAAAAUUAACUUCCUCCAGUUCUUCAAAGUGCAUUUCUGACCCCAAUCCUCUUUGACUCCAGCUUUUGGCAAUGCUGAACAUCGGAUGUAUUAUGGGAUGCAUCACACAGACCCACAUCACAUCAGGUAGCUGUGAUGUGCUUUAUAGAUCUGGUCCACUGGAUUAUUGAUUUUAUGUUUCCAAAAUGAAGAUUUGCAGAUAUGGUUUUUUUUUUGAGAUUUGCAUGUGGGUACAUUGCUGAAAAUGUCUUUUUUAGCAUCUUAUCACCAUUCAGAAGAAUGUCCACAUGGGGUUUAAAUGACACUUGGUACUUAAAGGGCACUACAAAAAGUAUAAUAUAAUAAACGGUAUUAUAAGUGAAA